UGAAUCAUUAAAAUGGUUAGAGAAAAGGACACGUGUCACUUGAUCCAUGAGUUAAGGAAAUAUUCUCUUAACCUUCUAUAAAAUGGAGCAUUAAUUGGAAACAAAGGCAGGGAAGAAAAUUGAUGAAGUCUCUCCUCUCUCUCUCUUUGGUACUCUCUUGUAGAGUAAUGAUUAAGUCUUAGACUUAAUCUUCUUCUAUCUUUCUAUUAGUUUCAUAGUUUAUCAUUUAUCAUUGAAUUCAAUUAAUUUCUCUUGUAUUGUUUGUUAAUGAAUUCUAUGCCAAGAGAUAUUUCAUUCAUUGUCUAAUUUCUCUCUGCAUUCAACAAUUGCAAAAGGGUUAAACCCUUACAUUGGUGCUUUCAUUGUCACCAUGGCAUGGGCUACUUCAGUAGGAAUUCAUUGGGAAAAAAUGGAAGCCGAGUAUAACGCUGAAUGGGCGAAAUUGGCGUAUCUAGACGGUCCAGGAUAUACCACAUGGGACCGAAUUGAAGCCAAAUUUGACCUGCGACGUAAAUACUACUCAGGAAGCUCUUCCCAUGGUGUUCAGAACUCAAUUGAAAAAGCUCCGACACAGUCAUGUUCAUCUCACUUCAUAUCUUCAAUGGCUGAAUCAAAUCGAGAACACAAUUCGCGUAUGGCUGAAACUGCACGCAAAAUCCGAGAGUCGUGUGCAAGAAUUCUCAAGUUGUUGCAAGAGGAGAUGGAAGCUACCAAAUCAUCGGGCGAUGCGGUUCCGACUUCAGAUGAAAUUCUUCUGUCCGUGGAAGGAAUUGAUGAACAUUCAGUCACCGAUGAAUCUGUCCAGGUGAAGAAUGUAAUCAUGACAUCAGUUUCUCCUUCAAUUGAUUUCAACGGUGGAAUAGUAGAUCUACCCGAGGAAACAACACAGAAGCUAAGAAAGACGCCGGAAUCAUGUGUUGGUAGCAAACUCGAUGUCAACAUUACUUUUGCAGACUCGUUCAUUUCUGAGCAUCUAGUCGUCAAUUCCGAUGUUGAACGUGAUUGUUAUAGCACAAAGGUGACACCGCUCGAUAUGGAUAGAAAGCAAAACAACUCUCCAGUUGUAAUUUACCAAGGGGUUUUCAAUCCUUCUAAUCAUCUAUCAGAUCCACCGGACUUUGUGUCCAUUCCGCCGCCACCGCUCGCCCCACCAUGGCCACAUCACUCAGUUUACCCAAUAACACUUAAAUCCCCACCUUCAUCCAAGGUAAACAACAUUCCUCACUAUUUGCAAUUUGAACAGACGAAUUUAUUUAGAACUCAAUCUCACAUUACACCCACAUUUGGUAGUCGUAUUCCUGGUGUGUAUAUGCUGAAAUGUUCAUCAUAUGCUUAUACCAACAUUGUGUCCUCAAUUGAUGCCCACUAUCUGUUUGUCAAAAUGUCCCUCACAGUUGAUUUCUCUUUUGACACUUCUAUAAGUUUGUUGAGUAUGAUGAAAAUUAUUGGACAAAUUGAUACGGACUCCCAGGUUUCUUCUGCAAGUAAUAAUUUGUUUCAUAAUUAUCAUGCUUGUAGUACUGGUUUUCCAUCUAGUGGACUUGGCCUUGAGUUUGGUUUAAUUUCUAUUGUUGGAUCACUCUCCCUCUCAACUGAUUUAUUUGUUAGAUUUGCUUGUAAUUCUGGUGGUAUGAUUCUGCAUCGUACCGUGAACUGUCAUGAUUGUGUGAGUCUUUUUUAUUGCUGCCACAUUGAGCUCUUACUAGUAUUUCACUCAUCUCAUGACCAAUCCAAACUUAAGGGUUGGAGUUUGUUGCCACUUCUGGUUGUUGAAAGAAUUGGUGAAGUUAAACUACUGAGUUUCAAUCCUUUUCCUAGGUUUAAUGGGGAUGUUGUGUAUAAUUGCAUUAUUAAUAGGAUUUUGAAUUGUGAGGCCAUGGCACUUCAACAUAGUUUUGAUGAUUCUAGUGGUAAUCACAAUGCUUAUUCAAGCUAUAAGCACAGGGACUUGGACAUCUUUCAAAAUACCAAAAUUUCAUGGUACCCUCAUCUACACAUUGAAGGAGAAAACGAGUUUCAAAUAAUUGCUCUAAACAAGUUUGAAGAGAAAAAUGAGAGCAAAUUUCUCAAGUUUUUUGGGUUUAUGUGGAAUCCAUUAUCAUGGGUGGUGGAAGUUGCUCUUGCAAAUGGUGGCGAGCAACCUCCAGAUUGGCAAGAUUUUGUGGCAAUUGUGUGCUUGCUGGUUAUCAAUUCUACUAUUAGUUUUCGUGAAGAAAAUAAUGUUGGAAAUGUUGUUGCUGCUCUUAUGGCAGGCCUUGCUCCUAAGACAAAGGUUCUUAGACAUGGUAUGGGGAGUGAUAUAGAUAAAGGGCAUGUGAUUCUACUUGCUGCUAGGGCUGCUAUGAUUACUUGGUUGUCCUAUUUUGUUGAAGCUAACUCUAGUUGCUCCAAAGUUAUGCAGAGUUUUGUACCAGUUCCCUUGAGCAUAUUCAAACUUUAUUUUGGUCCACACAUCAUUGUCAUUCAAGUAGCAUGCUUUGAAGUAGAUGCAAUAAUAAAGGAUAAAUUAGAAAAACAUGAGAGUACUCCAAAACCUGUUGUUUCACAUGUGUGGUUGCUUUUUAAAGCAUAUACUAACUAUGAUGAGAUGGAAUGGUUAAUAGCUUGGUUUUGGAAGGUUGUUCGGGUGGUGUCUACAAAUGACCAAUAUGCCAUAAUAUUUUUCAAUAUUGCCUUAGCUUCAACCUUGAGGACAAGGUUGAUUUUAAUGGGGGAGGUAAUGUUAUGAUUCAAAUUAGAGAAAAGUCAUGUUAUCAAAGUGAAUCAUUAAAAUGGUUAGAGAAAAGGACACGUGUCACUUGAUCCAUGAGUUAAGGAAAUAUUCUCUUAACCUUCUAUAAAAUGGAGCAUUGAUUGGAAACAAAGGCAGGGAAGAAAAUUGAUGAAGUCUCUCCUUUCUCUCUCUUUGGUACUCUCUUGUAGAGUAAUGAUUAAGUCUUAGACUUAAUCUUCUUCUAUCUUUC